ACAUCUGCAAACACCCAAGGAGCCCAGCCCACAUUUCAGCCCCUCCCACCAAGGAUAAAACUUUCUCUAAGUCCGGAGCUGAAAAAGGAUCCUGACAAAGCUAGAGCCAUAGAGGAGCCUGAAGAUUCUCAUGUUUUAAAGAAGCUAGAGUGCCAGAGAAGAUCUUUGAAGUGUGAAAAGACUUCCCGUAAUUGAAACCAAAAUGUCAUUUAUAGAUCCUUAUCAGCACAUUAUAGUGGAGCACCAGUAUUCCCACAAGUUUACGGUGGUGGUGUUGCGUGCCACCAAGGUGACAAAGGGGGCCUUUGGUGACAUGCUUGAUACUCCAGAUCCCUACGUGGAACUUUUCAUCUCUACAACCCCUGACAGCAGAAAAAGAACAAGACACUUCAAUAAUGAUAUAAACCCUGUGUGGAAUGAGACCUUUGAAUUUAUUUUGGAUCCUAAUCAGGAAAAUGUUUUGGAGAUCACUCUAAUGGAUGCCAAUUAUGUCAUGGAUGAAACUCUAGGGACAGCAACGUUUCCUAUAUCUUCGAUGAAAGUGGGGGAGAAGAAAGAAGUCCCCUUUAUUUUCAAUCAAGUCACUGAAAUGAUUCUGGAAAUGUCUCUUGAAGUUUGCUCAUGCCCAGACCUACGAUUUAGCAUGGCCCUGUGUGAUCAGGAGAAAGUUUUCAGACAACAGAGAAAAGAAAACAUAAAGGAGAAAAUGAAGAAACUCUUGGGUCCAAAGAAUAGUGAAGGAUUGUAUUCUACACGUGAUGUGCCUGUGGUGGCCAUAUUGGGUUCAGGUGGAGGUUUCCGAGCCAUGGUGGGAUUUUCCGGUGUGAUGAAGGCGCUGUAUGAAUCAGGGAUUCUGGAUUGUGCUACCUAUGUUGCUGGUCUUUCUGGCUCCACAUGGUACAUGUCAACCUUGUAUUCUCACCCUGAUUUUCCAGAGAAAGGGCCAGAGGAGAUUAAUGAAGAACUAAUGAAAAAUGUUAGCCACAACCCACUCUUACUUCUCACACCACAGAAAAUUAAAAGAUAUGUUGAGUCUUUAUGGAAGAAGAAAAGCUCUGGACAACCUGUCACCUUUACUGAUGUCUUUGGCAUGCUAAUAGGAGAAACACUAAUUCAUAAUAGAAUGAACACUACCUUGAGUAGUUUGAAGGAGAAAGUCAACACUGCACAAUGCCCUUUACCUCUUUUCACCUGUCUGCACGUCAAACCUGAUGUUUCAGAGCUGAUGUUUGCGGAUUGGGUUGAAUUUAGUCCAUAUGAAAUUGGCAUGGCUAAAUAUGGUACUUUUAUGGCUCCUGACUUAUUUGGAAGCAAAUUUUUUAUGGGAACAGUUGUGAAGAAAUAUGAAGAAAACCCCUUGCAUUUCUUAAUGGGUGUCUGGGGCAGUGCCUUUUCUAUAUUGUUCAACAGAGUCUUGGGAGUUUCUGCUUCACAAAAUAAAGGUUCCACAAUGGAGGAAGAAUUAGAAAAUAUUACAGCAAAGCAUAUUGUGAGUAACGAUAGCUCAGACAGUGAUGAUGAGUCACAAGAACCCAAAGGCACUGAAAAUGAAGAUGCUGAAGGAGAUUAUCAAAAUGAUCAUCAAGCAAGUUGGGUCCAUCGUAUGUUAAUGGCCUUGGUGAGUGAUUCGGCUUUAUUCAAUACCCGAGAAGGCCGUGCUGGGAAGGUGCACAACUUCAUGCUGGGCUUGAACCUCAAUUCAUCGUAUCCACUGUCUCCUUUGAGAGACUUCAACCCACAGGAAUCUUUCGAUGAAGAUGAACUGGAUACAGCUGUAGCAGAUCCUGAUGAAUUUGAGCAAAUAUAUGAGCCUCUGGAUGUCAAAAGUAAAAAGAUUCAUGUAGUGGACAGUGGGCUCACGUUUAACCUGCCAUAUCCCUUGAUACUGAGACCUCAGAGAGGGGUCGAUCUGAUCAUCUCCUUUGACUUCUCUGCAAGGCCAAGCGACUCCAGUCCUCCGUUCAAGGAACUUCUACUUGCAGAAAAGUGGGCUAAAAUGAACAAGCUCCCCUUUCCAAAGAUCGAUCCUAACGUGUUUGAUCGGGAAGGACUGAAGGAGUGCUAUGUCUUUAAACCCAAGAACCCUGAUGUGGAGAAAGAUUGCCCAACCAUCAUCCACUUUGUUCUGGCCAACAUCAACUUCAGAAAGUACAAGGCUCCAGGUGUUCCAAGAGAAACUGAGGAAGAGAAAGAAAUAGCUGACUUUGAUAUUUUUGAUGACCCUGAAUCACCAUUUUCAACCUUCAAUUUUCAAUAUCCAAAUCAAGCAUUCAAGAGGCUGCAUGAUCUCAUGUACUUCAAUACCCUGAACAACAUUGAUGUGAUAAAAGAUGCCAUGGUUGAAAGCAUUGAAUAUAGAAGACAGAAUCCAUCUCGUUGCUCUGUUUCCCUCAGUAAUAUUGAGGCAAGAAGAUUUUUCAACAAGGAGUUUCUAAGUAAACCCCCGGCAUAGCUUGCGUCCCGGAAAGGGCAGCAGUUUCUGACACUGAAGAAUUUGAAUUUCCAUGACAACUGGAUUUAGAAGCACAGGACAGAUGGCUGUACUGGUCAUAAGAAAUGGGCUGAUACUCAAAGUUGCAGUUAUUGAGCUGCGUGGGAAGAAUACUGUUACGAGUUUGUUAGGUUGACAAAUGAUGUCGAUUACGCAAAGUUGUACUUAAUUACAGUUUCUGUCAGUGUGAAUUUUCUGAUGCAAACGUAGGGGCAUAUACUGUAUUUUUAAACAUUUCUCACCAAUUUCUUAUAUGUGCUUUUUUUAAAAAUGUGGUUUUCCUUUUAACAUAUUUAACAGUUCGAUCUCAAUGAGUAAGACCUCCCAUUGUGUGUGAAUGUUAUUCACUGACUAGAUUCAUUCAUUCCAUGAAACAACACUAGUUUUUAUUUAUAUUUGCAUAUAUGAAAUAAAUACAU